AUGGGCUGUGUUCCGCGGGCGGGGGAGGGCUGUGUCCGUGACAGGCGCUGGGGACGGGAGCAGUUGAGCCUCAUGUCUGGAUCAAAUAAGGGAUUGGACUGGUCCAAUGCGAUGCCGUUGGCUCCUUCCACCGUCACACUGUGCAGCUGCCACAGGCUGUGCGCAACCAUCCCCAUCCCCUGGCUGCAGAAUGCUCCCGCCGUUGUGUUGGGGGAACAUAUUAACAUUGUGCCUCCAACACCAACUGCAAAGAUACCAAAAAAGUACAAGAAGGAUGACGAUGAUAUGACUGAGGUGGGAGAUGGAGAUGACUGGAAUUUAGGAAAGUCAAAUAUAACCAGACCCUCUGAUCAACUAGAACUUACCGAUCAAGAACUGAAGGAAGAAAUUACUCGUGUUCUUACUGCCAACAAUCCACAUGCACCUCUAAACAGUGUGAGAUACAGCUUUAAAGAAAGGUCUUACAAACCAGUACCAUUAAUUAGCCAAAUGGCCAUUCAUUUAUCAUUGGAUGGCAACCUACUACACAAGGAUUCAGAUGAAGCAAAGCGACAGAUGUCUAGAUCGGAAUUAUCUGAAGAGGAAGAACCUGAAUUUGCCUCUACACCGAUUGAAGUUCUUCCGUCUGAAAGUGCAGAAAAGUUUGAUACAGAAGAAGAUGCCGAAGAACCAGCAGAUGCAAAGGGAAUGGAAGAAGAAGAAGAAGAAGAAGAAGAAGAGAAGGAAGAGAAGGAAAUAAUUAAACCCAGACAAGAGCGGAAAAUUCCCAAUCAAUUCAACUUCAGUGAAAGAGCUUCACAGACUUUCAAUAACCCGAUGAGGGAAAAUGGAUGCCAGACGGAACCACCCCCAAGAGCAAGUUUUUCAUCAACAGCCAACCAGUGGGAAAUAUUUGAUGCUUACGAAGAAGAACUAGCAAGACAAAUGACCAUGAAAGAGAAGCCAAAGACACAGACUUCAAAAAAAGAUGCAAUAUCGAAGAAAAAGUUGUCACCUAUUGAAAUCAUAGGCGAUGAUAUUUCAAGAGUUGGCAAGGUGUCUAAAAUAGUGGAACGAAUGGUGAACCAGAACUCUUAUGAUGACAUUGCACAAGACUUUAAGUAUUUUGAAGAUCCUUCUGAUGAAUUCCGAGAUCAAGAGGGCACUGUUCUACCUCUAUGGAAAUAUUUUUAUGACAAGGUUAAGAAAUUGUCAGUUUGUGGGAUGUCCUGGAAUCCUAGAUACCAUGACCUUUUCGCAGUGGCACAUGGCUCCUAUGAUUUUAUGAAGCAGAACAAUGGUAUGCUUCUGAUUCAUUCUCUGAAAAAUCCUAUCUACCCUGAGUAUCAAUACAGCACAGAGAGCAGUAUCUUGUGCUUAGACUUCCACCGUUCUUAUCCGCAUUUGAUAGCUGUUGGAUUUUAUGAUGGCAACGUUGCUGUCUACAAUCUUAUGGAACGGACUGAUGGGCCCACUUACAAGAGUACAGCUUACACUGGCAAGCAUUGUGAUCCAGUUUGGCAGGUGAGAUGGCUAAAAGAUGACCUUGACAACAAUAUUAACUUCUGCUCGAUCUCAUCAGAUGGACGUUUUGUUUCUUGGGCUUUGAUUAAGAAUGAAAUUAUUCACACAGAUAUCAUCAAACUUACACUUGAUGGAAUUUGUAAAGAUGCAUUAGAAAAUUUGCAGCUGCAAAUUAUGGGUUGUGGAACCUCAUUUGACUUCCAUAAAAAGAAACCCAAUUUGUUUCUUGUUGGCACAGAAGAAGGAAAAAUACACAAGUGUUCCAAAGCCUAUUCCAGUGAAUUUCUGGCUACAUAUGAUGCCCAUCAUAUGGCCGUGGAUGCAUUACACUGGAAUGCCUUUCAUCCAGAUAUCUUCAUUUCCUGCAGUUCAGAUUGGACAGUGAAGAUUUGGGACCACAAUUUAAAGAAUCCAAUGUUCACCUAUGAUCUUAACUCACCAGUUGGAGAUGUUGCUUGGUCACCUUACUCUUCAACUGUGUUUGCAGCAGUAACAACAUCUGGAAAGGUUUUCGUUUAUGAUUUAAAUGUUAAUAAAUACGAACCUAUCUGCGAGCAAGCUGUUGUGAACAAGAAGAGAAACAAGCUCACACAUAUUGCAUUCAAUCCAACCUACCCCAUUAUAAUGGUAGGCGAUGAGCGUGGAGGUGUGAUUAUUUUGAAAUUGUCUCCAAACCUUCGAAAACAACCAAAGGCAAAGAAAGGACAAGAAGUGCAGAAAGGACCUGAAGUUGAAAUAGCUAAAUUGGACAAGCUACUGGCCCUGGUUAGAGACCCGGAUGUCAAGGAGAACUAAGUAACCCUUGCUGUGAGGAUAUUUAAUCAAUGUUUCCAAGUGUAUCAGUAGUCAUGUAUAGAUUUUAUACACUUCCAUCUUCAUCUACUAACCAGUCUAAUGUGACAUCCUAUAUAUUCCAUUUAUAAGCACAGCACAAAAUCCUAAUAGCAUUUAAAGGUUUUACAUUUACGUAUUAAGAUUAACCUGUCAGACAUAAUACAUUUAUAAUUACAUGUUUUGUUUCUCCUGAUAAUGAUAAAUUUUCACAUGAUAAUCCAAGAAAUGAAAAAGAUUUAUAAAAUUGGUAGAUUUCUUUAUUUGUGUUCAUCCUACAAAUAAAAUCCUGUAUUUUGUUUCAGUAUGGAUAAAUAAAUACUAAAUAAAAUCCCAAACAAAUUGUCAAGAGGGUCUUUCUUACUUUUCUGUGCUGAUACUUAUUUUGAAUUAAUUAA